CUUUAUAUCUUACCAUUUUUAAGUUGAUAAAUGAAAGAUCUAUCGAAAUUUUUUCUCGAAAUAUUGUGAAUUUAUACAAAAAUCUUUCAAGGAAACUCCAUUACGUUGCCCGUACAAAUUUGCCACUAGAUGCCAUAAGUAUUUGUCAGACACGGACGUUGGAGGUGUCUCUGCGUUUUCGUAUAUUGCGUUUUAUACCGGUAAAUUAGCUGGUUUCAUUACCGGUUUUUGUGAAAGCACUCUUUGAAUGUUGAAAUGGAGCUUCAGGACAUAACUUAGUAAAGACAUUGGUACGUGUGAAUACAAGAUAAAGGAAGCAGAGGGGUUAGUUGGCGUGAAUGAAAAAAUGAGCGACCCCUUUUUCUUUGCUUCAAAAUCUCAGUUUCGUAAGGAUGAUUCGAGAAGAAAUAUUGACCUUCUGAAUGAUGAAACAUUUGGAUCUGGAGCUGUUGAUGAUAACUGGGAAGAUGAACAUAAUCAAUUUGUUGAACAAAAUUCACGGGGUAGUAGUCUUAGUGCAGUUGGGCGAAUGGAAGAUUAUCUUGAUGAAGAUGAAUUGGAAUUAUCAAAUCAACAACUCGCAGCUGCAGUAGAAGAACUGGUCUUGAACAGCGACCAGGAUCAAGAUGCAAUUGAUCCUGCCAUUGUCAGCUUGCGUAAAGAAUCUCGAAUGGGUUCAUAUGAUCCAAGACUAACAGAAGAUCUCAUAUCACCAUAUAUGGGUGAAAGGAAUAAUUUUGGUAGAAUAACUCCGACAUAUUCUUCACAAAAUUCUUCAUCUUCAUCAGCUUCACUCUUUCAAACUGAUGGAUUGCGUAAUAUCUGGAGUAAUACUGACCUGGAGGUUCAAGACUCGUUAACAAAAUCACCAUCUAUGAUAUUGGAACGUCAAAUGUUGAAUGAAAAGUUGAAGAAAAUGAUGACUAAAACUACGUCACCCGAAUUUGAGGAUGAGGCAAUUCUGUCAGCUGUAAAAGCAAAUCCCAUGCCACAAAGUUGGCCGAUAACCUCCCAAUCUGAAGAUUUACUUCGUCACAUGUUUGCUCAAAAACAACCAAUGUUAAGAGCCGAAGACUUGGAAAGGGAAUUCUCAGGUAGUCAACUGAGGGGACCAUCUCCAACAUUUGGUAUCAGCAUUCCUAAAGACAAUGACCUGAAUCAUAAUGGAAUGGAUAGAUCACUGCCUGCAAGAUCAGUAUCUCCGAUCAUUGGUAGCCCAACAUCACACGCUUUGCCUAUUGGAACACCACCUAAACAUAUAGCUGAUAUGAUGCAUCAAGCACACAAACAGGGGCUCGGAGGACCACAUCCUGGCUUCCCUCUUCUUCAAAGACCUCAAGGUUUUAUGGUUCCUCCAGGAAGAGCAGUACCUCCACCACCAGGCAUGGGACCACCUCGGUUGUGGCCUCCUCAUGGAAUGAUUAACAGACCACCAAUGAAUCCUCUAGUUGCUCAGGAUAUCAUGAAUCGGAUUGGUAUAAACAAACCAUUUGCAAUGAUGGCAGGAUCACCACCAACAAAUAUGAGUCCGAUAGGAUCACCUAGAUUUGUGCAAGCCCCUCAUUUGAUUCCACAACCAAACAUUGGGUUUGGUCAGCAACACAUUAUCAGACCUGGACAAGGUCCAACAAGAUUUCAAGGACCUAUGCAACAAAUGAGACAAUUCCCUAAUCAAAGAUAUGCAGGUCCACAACAACGUCCCAUGUAUCUAGGUCCUGGUCAUUUACAUCCCGAGCAUAGUCGAUUUGUUCGCAUGCGACGACAACAAUCAAACCGUAACAGACCAUAUAACGGUAAUCAUCAACAUCACGGAAAUCAUCACGACAGACGAUCUCAUGGUCGAGAUUCUUCAUCACGUGACCCAUACGCCUACUUGAUGACAAGUCGAGAAAAAGAAUGGGUUAUCAAAAUUCAAAUGAUGGCGCUACAGAGCGACAGACCAGAAAUUGAUGACUAUUAUUAUCAGAGAUACAUUGAUAAACGGCUACAAGAAGGAAAAUUAUCCCUUGAUGAUGAUAAUCCAGAGCAAAAAAGAUUGAUUACUCCAACUAAAGCAAACCCAGAAGGCAAAAAAUAUAUUCCAGUUCAAUUUGACAACUCACUGGGCAAACUUACAGUAUCAAGUGUCUAUAAUCCUCGACAAAUCAUUGAUGUCAUUCAUGCUGAAAAGGAAGAAGAAAACCAGACAGAAACUUUUGAUGUUAAAAUGAGCAUGAACAAACGGCUUGAAAUAUACAAGAUCAUUGAAAAGGCCUAUUCUUCUGUUAUGGAACUGGAAGAGUUGAAUUUCAAUCCAGAAGAUUUGGAUGACACAGAAAAUAAUGAGGAUGCAGAGAAAGCAGACAACAGAUCUGCGAAAGUUUAUAAAUCUUUGGAAGAAUUAUUGUUUUCCAAUGAAUCAAGUUCCAAGGAAGAAAAAGUAGUCACUCUUGACAUCAUCUCACAAUGUUUACGAAUUCGAAAAGGAAAGAGACUUGCUUGCAGAGUCUUGCCAUUACUAACGCAGGUCUAUGCAGUCAAAAUUACACAAACAAUAAUAAAGCAGUUGCCAGUUUUAAUAAAGAGGGACCAAAAGGAAGAUAUACUUCAAGAGUUUUAUCAUCCUAUUUGUCAUGUGUUACAGUCUAUGGAUUCAGAUGAAUUAUUGAAUACUUGUUCCAUACUUACUUCAAUAUGUAAUGUUAUAUGCAGAGAUAAAUUUGGAAUUUCAAUUGUUUGCAAGAUAUUAGUUAUAGGAGAUAAAAUUGAUGAACUAAAAGAUGAACUUCAAUCUAAAAAGAUUUGGAAUGAUUUCAUUUCCAGUUGCUUCAAAGCUUUUUUCUUGCUGUGUGAUAAAAAGAAGAGUCAAAUUCCUAAUAUAUUAGAAGAUGAACUCGCCAUUGAGGCAAUAGCUGUUUUAGAAAACCAUAGCCAACUUAUCAAUGAAGGUGAAAAGAAAAGAAAUAAGAGCAUUGCAGACUUGAAAGAAAUGUUAUCUUUUCAAAUUGAGGGAACAGCUUUAUAGUCCUAUUUAGUUUACAAAUUCAUAUGUUGAUGUGGCUAUACCGAAAUCCACUAUUGUGCAGACAUGGUAUUGGUGCAGGGAGACAGGAAAACUCUAUCAUAUGACUUGAAUUAUAUAAGAAUGAACUUUCGUCUAGUUACUUUUGUAUUGUCAUAUCUAUUUAUAAACUGUAGGUCAUGUCUAGGGCUGAGCAUUUUGAUUACCUGAUGAUUUCAGAAUCGAAUCUUUGGGAGUCAAUGAGAGAUAUGUAAUUGUAUGUGACUUUUUUAUUGGAAUUGGUCCUGUCAACACAUGAAUUACUAAAAACAUAGAAUAGAUCGUUCAGACAGAUUGCUGAGCGUGCAAACAUAAUAAAUCACUACAGAAAAUAGUUAUAUGUCAUAAUUGUGUUGAAAAAAUAUGACUCUAAUGGAAAAAUAAAAAUGGAAAUUCACCUCGACCAUUGGUGGAAAGAAAAAAAAACAAAGAUGGCGUCAAUUCGAAAUUAUGCUCUGAACAGAUUAGAAUAAUUUACUAUUCAAUACAAAAUGCCCAGCCCUAGUUAUGUCAAGUCUGUAUCUACUUCAAUAUCAAAUUCAACGAAUGACUUCUUGAGUUUAAUCAUGCUCUUUAUGGAAUUGAAGAUCUUCUUGCUCAUAUGUUAAUGGUUCUAGUAAUUUUUUUACCUGAUAAAUUUUUUUCAUACACUUGAUUAUGAGUAGUGUUCCAGUUUCUAUGGUCUUUGCACACAGUGCAUCUUAUGCCUGAGUGAUUAUCUUAACUGCUCUGGGUCUUCGAACAGACGUAAAAUAAACGAGGUAACCAAUA